CAGAAAGAAAACCAAACAGGCAGCCACUGAGCGCGAGGUCCCUCGACCUCCGCACGCCCCCCACCCCGGGGCUGUGCUCAUGUCACCUUCCAACGCACAACCACCACCACCUCCACGGUCGAGCUCACCACAAGAAAAAAUGGAAUCGCUGCAACCACCAGGACCUCAGCUCCUGCAGCCGCUUUACAAGCAGAGAUCCUGGUCUCCAGAUGUCUUCCGGAACGAAGCUUGGCUUCGACGCAAGGGAAACAGCAAGAACCGGAGGAGCAAGAGCGUCACAGACGAGGAUCUGGAUGAGCUCAAGGCCUGUAUCGAGUUAGGAUUCGGAUUUGAUUCCCCUGAGGCGGAUCGGGAUCACCGCCUCUCUGAUACUCUACCCGCUCUCGAACUUUUCUAUGCAGUUAACAAACAACACAACGACGUUGUUUCCAAGUCUUCUUCUUCUCUCUCCACCGUCUCCGACGGCGAAACUCCCUCCCCGAUUGGCAGUCCUCUCGCCAUUUUUGGACCAGGGGAUAAUCCACAAGCGAUGAAGACGAGGCUGCGGCGGUGGGCGCAGGUGGUGGCUUGUUGUGUGCGGCAGAGUUCGUGACGGCGGCGAUGAAUCCGGAUAUCACACCAGGGUCAGUCUAAACCAGGAACCAAACAAACCAGGGUUAUUCAAGUAACCAACAAACAGCGAAUAUAGUGAAGAUCAUUUUGUUUGAUACCAUUCCCCACCACAUACGCAGACUUUGUUUGGUUAUAUAUUCAGAAUUUAUUUAAAUUUAGCAAUCUUACUUUUAAUUUUUUUA